CUGACAUUGACAGAUUUGUUGUGAUUUGUGAAUGAAAUGCUGACAAAUUUUGUGAAAUUUGUUCUAUCUAUUCCGAAAAAAUCAAUUUAAUGAUCAGUAGGUACCUACAUAAAGCAGGAAUUGAUUUUAUUUAGCUAGUGGUUUUAAUCACCUGUCAAAACAUUCUGUGGCAAACAGUGUUAUUGGCUUGCCAACAUGUCGAACGUAAAUACAGGAGAGUUGUUGAAUUUCCAAGACUAUUCACCGGAGCACAAUGAUCGCAGUGCUCGGAUCGACGUGGAAGCAGUCCACACGAACCAGUACAGUAGUUCAAUGGCAAACCCGAACUACUCGUUUGAAGAGCCUAAGGUGGCUGCGGAACCUGAAGUGGUACCGCAAACAAAUCACAACUUUUGGUCCAUAAAGUAUUACCAAAAGUAUUUUGAUGUGCACACCAAUGAAGUGGUUGAGAGAAUCAUCUCCUCUGUGCUGCCACAGAAAGUGUCUCGUAACUAUUUCGAUGAAAGAAUAAAGGGCAAACCGGAUUUGUACGGGCCUGUGUGGAUCUCUGUCACCCUAAUAUUCACUAUAGCUGUCAGUGGCAAUAUUGCUAGUUAUCUCCAAAACACUAACAAGGCUGUCGAGUGGCGUUACAACUUCCACAUUGUGUCCAUUGCUGCUACGGCCAUAGUUUGCUACGUGUGGAUCGUACCGCUGGCAUUGUGGGCUGCACUAAAGUGGACUAUCACUCCUGAUGGGCAUGAUGAAAUAGAAACACAGACCACGAAAUCACCAACUAUGAUGUCUCUAUUCUGUCUUUACGGAUAUUCUCUGUCGAUAUACAUUCCUGUGGCCAUCCUCUGGAUGAUCCAAGUGUUCUGGCUGCAGUGGCUGUUUGUGCUGAUGGCAGCGUUUGUGUCUGGCGCUGUGCUUAUUUUCUGGCUGCUGCCGGCUUUGAAAAAAUCUAGAUACUUCUUUAUCCUCGUAGGCUGCAUUCUCGGGCUCCACUUCUUGCUAGCCACAGGGUUCAUGCUGUACUUUUUCCAUACACCUAAAAGCUCGGUGAAAGCUAUCACACCUAUCGGGACUACAUUGAAACCUAUCUAAUUAUUUCGAAGUAUUCUAUUGUAAUAAUAAAUCUAAGUUGAUAGCUUCAAGACUAACUGUAUUUAAAAGCAGAAUAUUCAAUGUAGGUACAUGUUGCUUUCAUUGAGAGUUAUGUAUUAAGAGAAAUCAACAUAACUAGUUUUGAUUAUUUAUUAACUUGACUAUUUAUUAUUCAAACUUUCAGAAA